CUGUGCCGAGUGCCCCCACUCUGUGCUCAUCUGUGCCAAGGCCCCUUGCUCUGUGCUCACCUGUGCCGAGUGCCUCCUGCUCUGUGCUCUCCUGUGCCAAGCUCCCCCAUUCUGCUCACCUGUGCCGAGGCCUCUUGCUCUGUGCCCACCUGUGCCGAGCGCCCCCACUCUGUGCUCACCUGUGCCGAGGCCCCUUGCUCUGUGCUCACCUGUGCCGAGGCCCCUUGCUCUGUGCUCACCUGUGCCGAGUGCCCCCUGCUCUGUGCUCACCUGUGCCGAGCGCCCCCACUCUUCACUCACCUGUGACGAGGCCCCUUGCUCUGUGCUCACCUGUGACGAGUAACUCCCUCUGUGCUCACCUGUGCCAAGGAACAGCCUACCUGCAGUGUCUUGUGAGGCUUAGUGAGAAUCUGAGCCUCAUGCAGCGUUCAUUUCUCUUAAAUUCCAGAGUGAAAAUAACUAAUAAACUAACAAACAUGCGAGAGGAUCCCAUUUCAGAGGAUAAUUGGUUAAUAUUCAACAGCUUCUUUGAAUUUAUGUGGGGAAAACUCAGACCAUUUUGUAUUACUAGACAUCCAUGCAGCUGCUGCCUGGGCUGUACAUGGAAGGCCAUGGUCAGGGACCCCCUGUGGGGCAAGCCCUCGCUUGUCACUGGCUCAGUGGAGUCCCCUCAGAGGCAUUAGACCAUGGAGGUCCAGCUCCGGACCCAAACUCUGGUCCGAUCUCAGCUUGGCUACUUUCUUUCUUGUGCUGGAGCCUCAGUUUCCUCACAGGAACACAGGGCGACCAUCACUGGAGUUGGUUGUUCUGAGGAUGAAAUGAUUGAAAUGUGCAUCCUCACAAGAGCAGAGGCAGUCCACUCCCCGACAGGGGCAGCCUGGCGUUAGCAUCCCACAGCAGCUUCCCUGGUGCAGGGAGAGGCCAAGAGUGGGAGGUUGGCGCUCCAGGCCCGUCUCCUGCAGGGGCAAGUGUGACCAGUGUUGACGUAACCUCUCUGAGCCUUGUUUCCACAGUAGUGAGAAGGUGGGGACUGGAAAGUCGGCCUUCUCUGACAGCUGUUGCCCUCAAGGUAUUGGUGGCCUCUGUGGCCCCGGGAAGCUGGGCAGUGUCCUCGCAGAGUGUCACCUUCAGGGAUCCUCAGAGGGCAACGAUGACACCGAGUGACCGACAGCUGAGGGCCAGCCUCUGCUGGUCAGGGGAAGCAGGAGGACAAGCCCUCCCUCAGUGGUCCCAGAGUGCCAUAAGGACAGAAACACCCAGGGGAUUCAGAAUGGGGGGGGCGUGUGCUAAUUCUGCUCUCAUAGUGGGACAUCAGCCAACCCUGAGGCAGACCUCAUGCGCACCAUGGCCAGAGUGUGUGACUUCGGCACUCUGCAGGCCACAUUUAAUCGGCAUAGCCAUGUCGUGAGGGUGACACUGUGGUGCGUCCCCAUCCUGGGUCCACCUCACAGGUUCAGGACCUCGGCCUUGGAGGAUGCUGCCCGGGCACAGGUGCCUGGCCAGCAGCUCCGUGCGCUCGCGGUGCCCACCCAGAGCCUUCCUCACCUACCAGGAGGCCCUGGCCGCCUUUGGUGGGGAGCCUGAGUGCCCAGGCCCCUGGGCAGGGACCUGGCCAUCCCCAGCAUUCUGGUCCAGCUGAGCCUGCCCUCUGUCGCAGGCAUGGGGCCACAGCAUGCCAUGCAGACCGCCGAGCGGCUCUACACACAAGGUUACAUCAGCUACCCGAGGACUGAGACCACCCACUACCCCGAGAACUUUGACCUGAAGGGCCCUCUGCGGCAGCAGGCCAACCACCCCUACUGGGCCGACACGGUAAAGCGCUUGUUAGCAGAAGGUAUCAAUCGGCCACGGAAGGGCCAUGACGCUGGCGACCAUCCCCCCAUCACCCCCAUGAGGUCUGCCACAGAGGCCGAAUUAGGGAGCGAGGCUUGGCGGCUGUAUGAGUACAUCACCAGACACUUCAUCGCCACGGUUAGCUACGACUGCAGGUAUCUCCAGAGCACCAUUUCCUUCCGAAUCGGGCCCGAGCACUUCACCUGCACAGGGAAAACCGUCAUGUCUCCAGGCUUCACGGAGAUCAUGCCCUGGCAGAGCGUACCACUGGAGGAGAGCCUGCCCACCUGCCAGAGGGGCGAUAUCUUUCCUGUGAGCGAGAUGAAGAUGCUGGAGAAGCAGACGAGCCCGCCCGACUACCUGACGGAGGCUGAGCUCAUCACACUCAUGGAGAAGCACGGCAUCGGGACGGACGCCAGCAUCCCCGUGCACAUCAACAACAUCUGUCAGCGCAACUAUGUCACUGUGGAGAGUGGGCGCCGGCUCAGACCCACCAACCUGGGCAUCGUCCUGGUGCACGGCUACUACAAGAUCGAUGCGGAGCUGGUGCUCCCCACCAUCCGCAGUGCGGUCGAGAAGCAGCUGAACCUGAUCGCCCAGGGCAAGGCCGACUACCGCCAGGUCCUGGGCCACACACUGGACGUCUUCAAGAGGAAGUUCCACUACUUCGUGGACUCUAUCGCCGGCAUGGACGAGCUGAUGGAGGUGUCUUUUUCGCCCCUGGCGGCCACGGGCAAGCCCCUGUCCCGCUGUGGGAAGUGCCACCGGUUCAUGAAGUACAUUCAGGCCAAGCCGAGCCGCCUGCACUGCUCGCACUGUGACGAGACCUACACCCUCCCCCAGAACGGCACCAUCAAGCUCUACAAGGAGCUCCGGUGCCCACUGGAUGACUUCGAGCUGGUCCUGUGGUCAUCGGGCUCUCGGGGCAAGAGCUACCCACUGUGCCCCUACUGCUCCAACCACCCACCCUUCCGAGACAUGAAGAAAGGCAUGGGCUGCAAUGAGUGCACGCACCCCACCUGCCAGCACUCGCUGAGCAUGCUGGGCAUCGGCCAGUGCGUGGAAUGCGAGAGCGGCGUGCUGGUGCUGGACCCCACCUCAGGCCCCAAGUGGAAGGUGGCCUGCAACAAGUGCAAUGUGGUGGCGCACUGCUUCGAGAACGCCUACCGAGUGCGCGUGUCGGCCGACACCUGCGGCAGCUGCGAGGCUGCCCUGCUCGCCGUGGACUUCAACAAGGCCAAGUCCCCGCUCCCGGGCGACGAGACCCAGCACACGGGCUGUGUCUUCUGCGACCCCAUCUUCCAGGAGCUCGUGGAGCUGAAGCACGCGGCCUCCUGCCACCCCAUGCACCGCGGUGGGCCGGGGAGGAGGCAGGGCCGAGGGCGGGCCCGGGGCCGGCGGCCCCCCGGGAAGCCCAGCGCCAGGCGGCCCAAGGACAAGAUGUCAGCCCUGGCUGCCUACUUUGUAUGAUGGCCCCGCAGUCCCUCACCAGGCUCCACCCAGGUGUCCCAUGGGCCAUGGAAAUCAUUAAAAUGCAUUUUGUCUU